GACAGCUGAGCCUCCCUUUCCUCCUUUUCGCUAUUUUGGUACCAGAUUGUCGGGUCACGUGAAAUAUCUCAACCACAAUUUUCAGACAAAUCGCGACCUGCGAGCGGAUAUGUUCUAUGGACAGGUAGACCGAGAAUGUCAGACAAAGAGAGAUAUUACGUGUCUGGAAGGUCUUCCUCCUACAGACCAGGAGGCUUUCCAGACUCCUACGACGACCGCUAUAACGGUCCGCGUCCGCCAUUCAGGACAUCGCAUGGCUCUGCAUCCUCUGCGGAUGGGUAUAACGCAGGCUACCGGGAGAGCUACGAUGAGCGGGAACGGCAAUUUUCCGGCUCUGGUUCGCGCAGUCGCGGAAGUUUUGGCGGCCGCGAACGGUCGCCGGGGCCUGUUUCUCGGCCGCGGAGUCCGUGGGAUGGCCGUGAACGGGACCGGGAAUGGCGAGACCGGGAACGGGAGAGAGAUAUCCGAGACCGCGAGAGGGAUCGGGAGAGAGACAGGGAUCGCGAUCGCGACCGUGAAAGGGAUCGAGCUAGGGAAAGAGAUAGAGACCGCGACCGGGAUAGAGACCGCGAGCGAGGAUACAGGCCGGCGCCUACGGACUGGUCAUAUCCCCCUCGCCACCGCUCACCAAACCGAGAAGACCGACGGAUACACGAUCGUAACGACAGGUUCUCGCCGUCGUCGUCGUCAGGAGCACGCUAUUCUCCGCCACCGCCUCGUCGCUCGUCGCGCUCGUCUUCUAUCGCAUCAUAUACAUCGCCUCCUCCGCCAUCCAUCGCACCAAAUCAGUCCGCACCUGCAGGCUCCUCGUACCCAAGAAGAAGGUCCUCACCCAGACGCAUUCGCAGUCCACCGUAUCCCGCGACCGCCGCGUCGUCGGCAUCGUCGGCAGGCGACCGACGAGGCAUGCGCGAGUCAUAUCCCCCAUUCCGCCCUCGGUCUCGAAGCCCACCACCCUCUCGUUCGCGUCCUAGGUCGCGUGAGUCUUCUCCGCGAAGAGACUCUCCGCGAAGAGACUCUCCGCUGUACUCACAGCCGGGUGGCAGUGUUUUUCAAACCGGUCCUCGGGCGUUCUCCUCGCCUUCUGUACAUUCCACACCGGUCUCGCAGCAACAAACACCGGUCCAUUCGCCGGUUAUACCCGCUGCCACUUCUGGCGGAGCGCGUGGAUCAUUGGGCAGCUCUGAGAAGUUGAUGCCAGCGCGGACGGGGUCGAUGUCCUCGCCCGUCGUUGCAGGUACUCCGCUCCCACUCGGCCCGCGCACGUACUCGAUGUCGACGCAUACGACGCCCCAUCUCUCGCACCACGCGUCAAUAAGCGGCCAAUCGACGCCUGCGCAGGUGGCUUCACCACUGCAGACCCCAGGCGCGUCUGCCGCUGGAUCACCACCGGUUGCGCCGAAAGCGAUGAUCAACGGAGCCACGAUUUCGCGCACAAACAGCUACGUCUCGCCGAUGCCGUCGUUGUCGCGUAGAUCAACUGGUGGUAGUGGGUAUCCCUCUCAAGGAAAACUCCUGCCUUCGAUAUGCCCUGAGAUCGACAAGGAGAUUCUGCGGUUGAAGAAAGAAUACGCAAGGAUCGCCGAGGAGGAUAAGGCGAACCAAGGGAAGAAGCGACAGGCUAUCAGUACGUGGGAUAGACUCACGAGAGAGGCGGAGCGCGACGCGUUAAAAGUGAAGACUGCAGAGGCACAACUGCAGGCUCUGGGCUAUUAGAUCCGCUGCUCUCUCUUUGAUUUGGGAUUUGUACGUUAUGAUGACAGGGUGAGUGAGUUGAUGGUAGUGAACUGUAUAAUAUAUAUAUUGCACAAGGUAGAAGAAUAAAGAAGAAC